CCGGUCAGCGGUAUAACACAAUACAAGAUGGCGACUUCUGAUGGUUUAUGACAUCGCGCUGAAAAAAACUGUUAUUUAUAACAGCGUAGGAACUACUACAUGACCUGGGAAGAAGAAUUUGUUGAGUUUAUAGUCUUAGCGGGUUUGGCAUGGCCACAACACCGGCAUGGCCUUUCUGCAGGGCUGCGAUGGCGACCUCGUGGCACAAGUUGGAAUCCACGGCGGUUAUUGGCCUCGUUGGGGGCAUAAGCAAGUUUUGGCUAAAAUGCCUGAAUUCACUUAGAUGUUAUAACAUGGAAACAUUAGAACAAUUAGCCGAGCAUCGACCCCUUGACACGCCUCUAGUGACCGUGUCCAAUCAUCACUCCUGCCUUGACGACCCUAUGUUAUGGGGCAUGAUGAAAAUGAGGAUCCUGUUGGACAACCGAAAAAUAAGAUGGACACUUGGAGCAAAGGAAUUGUUAUUCUCCAAACCAUUUCACUCUUUCUUUUUUAGCCGAGGAAAGAUUAUUCCUAUAAUGAGAGGAGAGGGUGUAUACCAGAAAGGUAUGGAUUUUGCUAUAGAGGAGCUCAACAGGGGCCAAUGGGUCCAUGUUUUCCCCGAAGCUGGAAUUAUUGAAGAUCAUUCUCUUGUUAGACUCAAGUGGGGUGUUGGUCGACUCAUUGCUGAAUCAAGUGUUACUCCCGUAGUGCUUCCCUUCUGGCAUGUUGGGAUGGAUGAUAUACUCCCGAACAAGACUCCAUACAUCCCAACUAUAAUGAAGAGAGUGACAGUUUUGAUCGGGGAGCCAAUGUAUUUUGAUGACAUUUUGAAGGACUUCAAGAGGAGGAGACUCAAUGCAAUGGAAACAAGGAAGAACAUCACAGAUUGUAUACAGGAAAGGUUUAAAGAAUUAAAAGAAGAAGCUGAAAAACUCCAUGAAAAAUGGAGAUGACAAGGGAGUCAAAAGUUUUACUCCUGUUAUUUUAAUGAUCUCCACUUUAGAUAAUGAUUUUGAUCAGGUUAAGACUUGUGUCAUAAUAAUUUUUAGGAAGUACUAGUCUACAAGAUACAUUAGAUUUGCAACUUCACAUAAAUCUUGCAUUCUUGUUAGUAUUUUGACUUGGUAAUAAUUGUAAAAUCUCAAAAUCCAUGCACAAGAAUUUGAUAUUUGUGUAAUAAUCCUGUUUAAUAUGUUAGUAACAUCUACACUUAAAAGCCUGAUCGUACUAAACAAGUGGAAUUUUAUUUGUGAAUUGUAAUUAUGUAUAUUAAUGUACAUACAUACAAACAAGAUAUGACAGUAUUUGGAUAAAAUGUACAAAAUUGAAUCAUACAUGCAUUAAUUGCUUUUUUACAAUUGACUCCCAGUGAAAAAUAAUUUGUAUUUUUUCUAUAGACUUGAUAUCUCCUCCGAAAUAUGCUGCCAUAAAAUAUAUACUUUUAAGUAUGCAAAUUGAUAUUUUACAUAAAAUUUUAUGUAUUUAUAAAGAAUAAAACACUUUUUCUAA